AUGUCCCUCACUGGUUGGACCCAACGCCAACCAUGUCCCUCACUGGUUGGACCCAACGCCAACCAUGUCCCUCACUGGUUGGACCCAACGCCAACCAUGUCCCUCACUGGUUGGACCCAACGCCAACCAUGUCCCUCACUGGUUGGACCCAACGCCAACCAUGUCCCUCACUGGUUGGACCCAACGCCAACCAUGUCCCUCACUGGUUGGACCCAACGCCAACCAUGUCCCUCACUGGUUGGACCCAACGCCAACCAUGUCCCUCACUGGUUGGACCCAACGCCAACCAUGUCCCUCACUGGUUGGACUGGUUGGACCCAACGCCAACCAUGUCCCUCACUGGUUGGACCCAACGCCAACCAUGUCCCUCACUGGUUGGAUCCAACGCCAACCAUGUCCCUCACUGGUUGGAUCCAACGCCAACCAUGUCCCUCACUGGUUGGAUCCAACGCCAACCAUGUCCCUCACUGGUUGGAUCCAACGCCAACCAUGUCCCUCACUGGUUGGAUCCAACGCCAACCAUGUCCCUCACUGGUUGGAUCCAACGCCAACCAUGUCCCUCACUGGUUGGAUCCAACGCCAACCAUGUCCCUCACUGGUUGGAUCCAACGCCAACCAUGUCCCUCACUGGUUGGAUCCAACGCCAACCAUGUCCCUCACUGGUUGGAUCCAACGCCAACCAUGUCCCUCACUGGUUGGAUCCAACGCCAACCAUGUCCCUCACUGUUUGGAUCCAACGCCAACCAUGUCCCUCACUGGUUGGAUCCAACGCCAACCAUGUCCCUCACUGGUUGGAUCCAACGCCAACCAUGUCCCUCACUGGUUGGAUCCAACGCCAACCAUGUCCCUCACAACCAUGUCCCUCACUGGUUGGACCCAACGCCAACCAUGUCCCCCACUGGUUGGACCCAACACCAACCAUGUCCCUCACUGGUUGGACCCAACGCCAACCAUGUCCCUCAUUGGUUGGACCCAACACCAACCAUGUCCUCCACUAGUUGGACCCAACGCCAACCAUGUCCCUCACUGGUUGGACCCAACGCCAACCAUGUCCCUCACUGGUUGGACCCAACGCCAACCAUGUCCCUCACUGGUUGGAUCCAACGCCAACCAUGUCCCUCACUGGUUGGAUCCUACGCCAACCAUGUCCCUCACUGGUUGGAUCCAACGCCAACCAUGUCCCUCACUGGUUGGAUCCAACGCCAACCAUGUCCCUCACUGGUUGGAUCCAACGCCAACCAUGUCCCUCACUGGUUGGAUCCAACGCCAACCAUGUCCCUCACUGGUUGGACCCAACGCCAACCAUGUCCCUCACUGGUUGGAUCCAACGCCAACCAUGUCCCUCACUGGUUGGACCCAACGCCAACCAUGUCCCUCACUGGUUGGACCCAACACCAACCAUGUCCCUCACUGGUUGGACCCAACGCCAACCAUGUCCCUCACUGCUUGGACCCAACGCCAACCAUGUCCCUCACUGGUUGGACCCAACGCCAACCAUGUCCCCCACUGGUUGGACCCAACACCAACCAUGUCCCUCACUGGUUGGACCCAACGCCAACCAUGUCCCUCAUUGGUUGGACCCAACACCAACCAUGUCCUCCACUAGUUGGACCCAACGCCAACCAUGUCCCUCACUGGUUGGACCCAACGCCAACCAUGUCCCUCACUGGUUGGACCCAACGCCAACCAUGUCCCCCACUGGUUGGACCCAACACCAACUAUGUCCCUCACUGGUUGGACCCAACACCAACCAUGUCCCUCACUGGUUGGACCCAACACCAACCAUGUCCUCCACUAGUUGGACCCAACGCCAACCAUGUCCCUCACUGGUUGGACCCAACGCCAACCAUGUCCCUCACUGGUUGGACCCAACACCAACCAUGUCCCUCACUGGUUGGACCCAACACCAACCAUGUCCUCCACUAG